AUGGCCUUCGUCGCCCUUGAUGUCGAGUGUGCUGCCACCGGACGAGGGCACAACGACCGUGCUCCCUGCCGCGUCGCAGUUGUGGACUUCCAUGGUGGCACACUACUGGACGAGCUUGUGGCCGUGCCCGGCAUGGUGAGUCCCCUUACUGCCAUCACCGGGCUCACAACGGAUCAGAUCGAAGGUGGUCGGCCUUAUGACGACGUCGUAGCCGAUGUUAGGACACUCCUCGGACCUCAUGUGACUGUGGUCGGGCAAGCGCCUUUUGUCGACAUCGAGUGGUUGGGCUUGCGGGCUGGCGUGGAUUUCCGUGAAUCCAUCGACAUCGCCGAGCACUUCCGCACAUGGAACGCCAAGUACGAGAAGUAUGACUACUAUUCGUUGGCCAUGGAAGUGUAUGCUCUCCUGGGCAUUCGCAUGAACGGUAGCCACUCACCUGUGGAGGACGCGCAGCUCUCUAUGACCUUGUUUCGGGAGUAUGUCCGGAACCAGCGACAGCUCGAGGGGGCUCGCCGGACAUUGCGGCAGCACAG